GGAACGGUGUUGCCAUCUUGCCAAACCCACCUCAUUCCCCAGUGACCAGUGUAGAAUUCGAAGCUGCCAAACCAGCCAUGGCCGCGUCCGUGGACCCUCUCGCUGGCGUCGUGCUCCUCUUCCUCCUCCUGCUCCAAGCCGCCCACGGAGGAGGCGUGGCGGGCGGCGCAUCGCUGGACGGGUACGUGCCGGUGCGCACGGUGGUGUACCGGUCGGCACCGGCGGCGUCGGCGGCUUGGACGGCGGCGGCGUACGCGCCGUUCGAACUGUGCAUGGGGUGCCGCUGCUGCCCGCCGGGCGCGGGGGCGGCGAACAACAGCUCGUCGUGCGUGGACACGAGCUGCUGCUACGGCAUCGACUGCAACAUCCCCGGCAAGCCCUUCGGGACCUGCGGCUUCACCCCGCGCACCUGCGGUUGCGGCGACGCCGCCACCGGCAGAAACUGCUCGUCGGCGCCCUCCCCUCCUAGCUAGACAGUACUUAGAUCUUAUUGAUUUUGAUCAAGCGAUCUGAUCCACGUACGUACACCAGUAUGCAUGACCGGAUUGAUUCAUACUUAACUACUGCAGUUCAGCAUAGCUAAUAAAUUAUACGAAAUGUUUUUUGUAUU